UCCCACUUUUCUUGCUCUACCUCUCCUCCCUCCCUCUCCACCUCCCUCCGCUCAGCCAUCCAUGCAGGCAUCUCUGUUGUCUACUGGGAUCAAACCAGCAUCCAGGAACUAACUCAAUCUGCUGCUGAAGACAGGAGUGGAUUGGAUCCCUUUAGGGCUCUGUGCUAAUAAGCAGGAGACUUUGGCUGCACUGAUGAGGACACUUCUGCAAACCUCUCGAAUCGGCUCGAGAUAAAGAAAUUCUGGAUUUUAUUGUUGUUUGCAACAGUGUCUAUACAAAUGACAACUCUGGACUUGAAAACAACAUAAACUAGUCCACCAUGCUUUUGAAGUCAGGACUACUCUUUGCUUUGUUUCUGUUUACCCUCCAAGCAAGUCAAAUCAAAGACCUUCAUGAACAUGGUUUUUCCGGACUCAGGGAUGUCAAGUACAGGCACUUUCUGGAAGCUUCCAGACCUAUCAAACACACCACCAAUGUCAGAACAGCGCAGGAAGGCCAGCGCACGAAAAGGUCAGCGGUCUUCACCACUGGGGUCAAAGUCUGUCCUCAAGAGACGAUGAAAGCUGUGAUCACCAGCCAUCGGGCCUAUUACAAGCUCAGAGUUUGUCAGGAGGCAAUUUGGGAAGCGUUUCGCAUCUUCUUGGACAGGGUUCCUAACUCAGACGAGUACCGCGCCUGGGUUUACACCUGCCAGCAUGAAAACCUCUGCAUGGACGACCUGGCGCUCAACUUCAGCAGCUCUCAGGAGCACCUGGAUUUGGUGGCCAGGAGAGUAGCUGAACAAGGCGAUAUUGAAGGACUUGAAAUUGGGACCCCGGGGCCAGAAAGAGAAUGUACCUGGACUCCCCCGCUGAUUCUCCUGCCCACUGAAGCAGGGGAGAUACAAGAGGAUGCAAACCUGAUACCAGAGAAAUAUGAGGAGCAUAUAGUUGAGUUCAGUGUCACUGUGGUGGACCCUGGCUACAGUGAGUUGCUCAGUGACCCUGGGGCUGCAGACUACCACGUCAUCACACGAGAACUCACAGAUAAGAUGCUCCAGGUUUUUGAAAAAGUUCCAGGAUUUAAAGAAAUUCGUGUCCUGGGAUUUCGAUAUGAGGAUGCAUCUGUGCGUUAUGCUGUGGUGUUUAAUGGAGACACAUUGCUUGGUGAUGAAGCUGAGAGUCUCAUGGAGCCAGGCGGCGAGACAGAUGGGAAUGCACCAAAACUGAAAUACAUUGUGGCAAAUGCCUUACAAAAGGAUACAUCUCUGCCCUUGGACAUGCAAAGUUUAAACUUUGAAACCGUGACCACAAUUUAUCCAGUCGCAGAGCUCAGCAUUAAACCUUUAGAGAGUGAUGCAUCUGAGGACAUCGUCACACAGGCCACGGGAGAGGACGGUGUACCUACAGAAGGUUUCUUCCCCACUAUGGCAGCUGUAGAAAACUCCUUGGAAACUUUCACAAUCAAACCAGAAACACCAACCUUUGUGCCUUUCAUCCCCAACGUUCUCCCGGAAGCCACUGUUGGAGUCAGUGAGGAAACCCCUGUAAUGGCAUCUGUAGAGGAGGAGUCUGCAGAAGAUACUCUUGAGGAAGACAAUAAUGUUAUGCCACCGGUCACAAUGAUGACAACCAAUAUAGAGCAGGAAGAGGAAACAGUGGCAGAAGUGGAGGACAUACUACCGACUGAUCAGGAUGGGGGACAUGAGGCUGAAGCUGAGGAACCGGUGACAGAAGACAUUCCCAUACCACCAGAUGAUGUGGCAAAUAAGGAACUUACAGAAGACAGGUUGAAUGAAGAAGACCCCCAGCCAUCUGAAGACUUGGCACCUACAGGACCUACUACUGAUGUUAGCCCUGCUCUGCCAGAGUCUACCAAGCCAAUAGGGACGGAGUUGUCUGACCCAGAGAUUGAGGCCCCAGUCUUGGUACCAUCAUCUGACAUGGAUUCAGUCCAAGGGAUUGAGCCAGAAAUAGAGGAGCUGGAUGUUGAGCCUCUACCACCACCCACAGAGAGUGGCGAAGACCCUGAGGAUACAGAUGACGUGAUGCAUAGUGGAGUCACACCAGUCUCGACGGACCUUCCUGCUGAGAACGUAAAUAUCCAAGAGGAUGUACAGCAAAGUGAGAACGGGACAGAGGCAGAAGUGACAGAACAUUUGGAGGAAGCCAGUGGAAGUGGAUUCCCCUCGGAGUCUGACGAACGGCCAUACGAGUCCACUGCAGCGCCGGCCAUGAGACAAGUUAGCACCCCUCUGAUGGCAGCAGUUGACAAGAACAAGGAGUUAGUGGUGUUCUUUAGCUUGAGGGUCACUAACAUGAGGUUUUCUGAUGACCUGUUUAACAAGAACUCCCCUGAGUACAAAUCACUGGAGAAUACUUUUCUUGAGCUGACACAGCACUCUGAGCCCAGAGACUCGCCAAACCCUGGAGCUUCCAGUAAAUCUGGGCCUAGGAGACAGACGACCUUAGCCUCCAUACCGCUACUGCCGUAUCUACAGUCCAAUUUGACUGGAUUUAAGCAGCUGGAAAUCCUCAACUUCAGGAAUGGCAGUGUUGUGGUAAACAGCAAGAUGAAACUGGAUAAGCCGGUGCCGUACAAUGUGACAGAGGCUGUGCACUGUGUGCUGGAAGACUUCUGUAAUGCAGCAUCGAAUCGACUUGAUAUCGAGAUUGAUAGCCGCUCCUUGGACGUUGAGCCAGCUGACCAAGCAGACCCCUGUAAAUUCCUGGCCUGCAAUGAGUUUUCACGCUGUGUUGUAAACAGUUGGACGGGCGAGGCAGAGUGUCUGUGUGAUCCUGGCUACAGCACGGUAGACGGCACGCCAUGUCAGAGCACCUGCACCCUGCAGCCUGACUACUGCCUCAAUGGAGGCCUCUGUGAAAUAAUCCCAGGGCACGGAGCCACCUGCAGAUGCCCUGUAGGUAAAUACUGGCACUACCAUGGAGAACGCUGCAACGAGCUGGUGUCAAUGCCGGUGGACCCUCCGCUAAUAAUCAUCUGCCUUGUGGGGAGCCUCUGCCUUGUUUGUGCUAUCAUUGGCAUUUUGAUAUUCAUAAACAAGAAAUGUGUGCGGACCAGAAAGGCUGUGACUUUGGUGCAAACUCAUGCUCCCUAUGCCUUUGAGAAUACUUUGAGAGAGAACCCAGUUUUUGAAAAUGACGAUGGUGUCUUGACUCAAGUGUCCACAUUACAAUGUCCUUCGAGUUCAGCGUCCUCCAAUUCCCAACAGUCUGAGCAAGACACGUUUGCCUCAAUUGAAAAUAUACAUCUAAGUAUUGAGAUCCCCAGACAGCUCUACACAACAAGAUCAGAAAAGUUAGUCUCUGAAAUGGUGGACUUCCAUCACUGCAUACCGCACAAUGAGCUCUAUGAUGUAUGUAAAGACGUGGCACCCACCAAAUGAGUACAGAACAUGUUGUCUUUUAAGGGCAUCAGAUAAUGAAUGUUUCGAAGUCACAGUGCUCUGAUGGCACCCGGUUCGUCCGAGGUCCGGCCAACACUGCGACACAAGGAGGGAAAGACUUCAGCUGCUUUUGAACUGUAUUUGGGACACCUCGGUCUCCACGUGCUGGGAGCGCACUCACAGUGCACCGGAGAAAAUGUUGAACGUGAUUGAAAAAUAUUGUUCAUAGUGCUGGUUGUGUCUUGUUAGACAAAAAAGCUGUGGAUAUUACAAUACAAGGUGGACUUAGGUUGUCUUGUUAAGUGGACAGUAAUAUUUAUAUUGUAUAUUGAACAGUAGGAACAUUUCCUGUAUACCCUUGACAAAGGUUGUUCUUUCCUCACAAUGAGGUAUUUAUUAUUUACAAAUUGAUACUCAUGGUGGUAUCUUAACUGUAGACUGCACAAUGCUGUAUAUUGUUUAAUGCAAGUCUUGACGAUUGUUGUUUGUCCCAAAAAGAGAAUGAAUGUAUAAGCUGUUACUGUGUAUUAGCUGAUAUGUUUGAUGUAGGCGAAAAAGUAGAGGUGCAAAUAUUGGCUGCUAUAUUUCCAUCAAUAGAAAAAAAAAAAAAAGUCUGUCCUAUUUUAAACAACUACAUCCACUAAUCAUUUUGUGUUU